GAACCAGUCGCGAAUUCUUUUUCCUCCAACCCUCUUUUACCUGUUGGCCACUCUUAAAACCUGGAAAAGUGGAGUUUGCAUUUCGGAGCCCCGGAGUGACCAGAGCAAUAUAAUUGGGCAUGCUCAGUGGGUUGGCCUGGUUUGGAACAUAAAGAUGGCUUGAAACAGGGCUUUCAAUGCUGCUUGUUUCGAGAUUGGACGCGUCUUCGUCCUAGCAUUAUAUUGGUAGUUUGCAGCCCCUCCCACCCUCUUGGCGCGCACAUCUUUUUUCCUUUUAUCCGUGUGCCCAAUUUUGGAGCCAGCCCUCCUGGAUCUCCUGGCCAAUCAAGAGACCACACAUUGUUGCCUAAGAGACCCCGGAUGCCAGCGAAAGGAUUUAUGGAUGGUGAUUGGCCUACUGGAAGCUAGGAGAGGUGGGGGCUGGACAGAGUCAAAGAAAAAGCAACUAUGACAACACCGGCGCUUGAGGCUUGAAGAGGAAGACGAGCUAAAAAAGGUGAAGUUUUUCUUGUGGAAGAAUAUCCAGUUAUUUCAUGAUGGCAUUUGCACCUCCAAAAAGCAUAGAUGGUCCCAAAAUGCAGACAAAGAUGAGUACCUGGACACCUCUAAACCAUCAGCAUUUGAAUGACCAGGUAUUUGAAGAAAGAAGAGCUCUGCUUGGAAAAUGGUUUGACAAAUGGACAGACUCUCAAAGGAGAAAAAUCCUGACAGGCCUAUUAGAACGCUGCUCUCUGUCACAGCAGAAGUUCUGCUGUCGAAAGCUUCAGGAAAAAAUUCCAGCAGAAGCUCUGGAUUUUACUACCAAGCUUCCAAGGGUGUUGUCUUUAUAUAUCUUUUCUUUCCUGGACCCCCGAAGCCUUUGUCGUUGUGCACAGGUGAGCUGGCAUUGGAAGAACUUAACUGAGCUGGAUCAGCUCUGGAUGCUCAAAUGUUUGCGGUUUAACUGGUACAUCAAUUUCUCUCCAACUCCCUUUGAGCAGGGUGUAUGGAAGAAGCACUAUAUUCAAAUGGUGAAAGAACUUCAUGUUACCAAGCCUAAGACACCUCCAAAAGACGGAUUUGUGAUUGCUGAUGUUCAACCAAUUACAAGCAGUUCUCCAGAGGAAAAGCCAUCUCCUUCAUCAGCUUUCCGGUCGUCUUCCUCUUUAAGAAAAAAGCAUCACCUGGGGGAGAAAGAACUCCCACCCUGGCGGUCCUCCGACAAGCAUCCGACUGACAUCAUUCGCUUCAAUUACCUGGACAACUGUGUUCCCAUGGAGCAGCUCUGGCAGGGAAGAAGGAAAAAACAUGAAAUGACCCCAGAUUUCAGCCGACAGUCACAUGAUAAGAAAAAUAAAUUGCAGGACAGAUCUAAGCUCAGAAAAGCACAGUCCCUGAUAUCCCUAAGUACGGAACCCAGCUCCCCUCCACCGGUUCCAGCUCAUUUCGCCUGGCCUCCUCAUCGGGUAGUGGGGCUCCCCACCACCAAAGCAGCAACAAAAACUCUCACGCAGCAUCUUCAGAGACACUCUGGGCUCCAAUUGUUACCCCUCCAGGCUCCGGAGCCAAAGCUGGUUUAAAAACGUGAAAGGAUUUUUAUAGAAAUGGCAAGAUGCUCUACACGUUGGAGAGUUGAGUGUUACUUGGCUCCUCUGUUAGAAACUUUCAGUUUAGGUACCUUAUUGUGAAAAUGAGCUCUGCAGUAUUUCAGUAAAAGGUAUUCAUGCCAUAAAUGUUGACAUAUUUACAAACUUAGAUAGACAUGUGCCGAUAGAUAUCAUCGGCUUGAUAGAGGGACAUAUGAUAGCAUCAUUAGUAAUAUUGGGUGUAUGAGACGGAGUCCGAGAAGGAUACAGAGAGCACACUCCCCAGGCCACUUUGGCACUUUAAUGAUGGGGCUAUUUACCGGAGCAUCUCCGUUGCUAGGGCUGCCAUACGAAGUACCACCAUCUUAGUCCGUUUGGGCUGCUAUAACAAAAAUACCAUAAAGGAGGGCUUAUAAACAACAGACAUUUAUUUUCUCACAGUUUGGAUGCUGGAAGUCCAAGAUCAAAGUGUUGGCAGGUUGACUUCUCCUGAGGCCUCUCUGCUUGGCUUGUGGAGGCCCACCUUCUCCCCGUGUCUUCACAUAGCCUUCCUCGUGUGUGUGUCUGUGUCUUAAUCUCCUCUUAUUAUAAAGACAUAAAUAAGAUUGGAUUAGGGCCCACCCAUAUGACCUCAUUUAACCUUAAUUACCUCUUUGAAGACCCUAUUUCCAAAGACAGUCACAUUCUGAGGUCCUGGGGGUUAGGACUUGAACAUAGAAAUUUGGUGGGGGCACAGCUCAGCCCAUAACGCACACUGUGGGCAGAGUGAAGAGAAUGAGGAUGAGAUGGUGACGCACCUGGGAACUAGCAAGGGCAGAAGCCUUUGUCAUCCUUUGGCCUGAAGAGGACAAAGGGAAAGGGCAUGUUGUUCCUAGAACCUAGUUAAGAGCUGUAGCCGUGGGAGAGGGGCAGCCUAACAGGAGGUGUGCGUGCCAUAUGGUGGAGGAACACAGCCACCAUGGAAAGCAAAGCCUAGCAGGGAGGGAAGAGGAAGAAGACCCAAGCCCUCUCUCCCCCCACCUUUGACACUCCAACCGUGCUUCCCUUUGGUCAGACCCAUCUGGGAGUCAGAGAACAAAGACGCCAGGGGGAUGUGGCUCUUAGAUGUCAGCCUCCAAGGCAGUUAGUGGAGCUGAGAAGUGUGGCCAGGGUGGCUGGGGAGAGGUAGGAUGUGAGCGAACAAUGAAGAAUAACCAGCACAUGGGGGGAAUGUGUACAUUUCCAAAGGAGGAAUUAUGAUUGAUGUUCAAGCAAUGUGAAUGGGCUGUAACUAAAACCACCUAUUCAUGUAACCAUUUCAAAGUCCCAGAAGUUACCAUUCUAGGAACUUAUUUACCUAAGUAAAGCAGAAUGAUAGAAAAACAAA